CAGCUGUGAGCAUGGGUGAACUUACCUAGGGAGAGAGUGUGGAAACAGAAGAAGGUCAAGGGCCAAGCCUUGAAGAACCAUAUCAAGGAAUGGCCAGGUAGAGAAGAACCUGGGAAGAGGAAGGAGGGGCCUUGUUAGAAAAGAAAACAAAUAGAGCAUGGCAUUGCAGAAUUCUAAGGAAGAGAGGUUUAGGAAAGAGGGGCGAUCAAUAGAUUCAAAGGCUGCUGAAAGGUCAAGUAUUUUGAUGUACUUUGAGGGCUAAAAUCUCUCCAUUGAAUUUCACAGCACAGGCAUCUUUGGUGCCCUUUGUCUGAGCUGUUUUGGGAAUGAUAGAGGAGCCCAGCUGAAGAAGGAGUCUGAGGGGAAGAAAUGACGCAUGCUUUGUGUCUCGCUUUAACUGUUCAGGGGAGAAAUGGAGUAGGGUGGUCGCCAGAGGGCCCAGAGAGGGAGAGCCCUCUGCUCUAAGUGUAAGAUAAGAGAGAGGGGAUACGGGUAGAUAUACAUAGGUUUACAGAUAUGGCAAGGGAAUUUAAUGGACUUUCUGUCUUCUAUUUUCUCUGGGAAAUAGGAAGUGAGGCCGUCUACUGAGUGAGAGGAGGUUGGGGUAGUUGGGUGGUGGUUGGAAGUUUGAGGAAAGUGGAGAAAGUGCAAAGUAGUCACCAUAGAAAGUGGGAGAAUGGGUUAACUGGAGAGAGAUCCUCGUUGAGGUUGGUGGUCGUGAAUUGUCUCUUCUUACUUGACUGUGAUGCUUAUAAGGAGAGCCCAUGAGCAAGUGAAGCAGGAAGUUGAAUCCGUCCAGGUGCGACACCAGCUGUGUUCUCCGACGGAGUUUCCUGCCUGCUGCUGCUCUGCGUUAUUCUUCAGCCACGUCCUUAGGAACCUAUGCUUCCCUGUCCUCCCCGACUUGUCCUUACGAGUCUCCAGCGCUCCAAACCUGGCAGUGGCCACCAGUGAGGAGCCCGAUGUGCACAGCAGGUGUCAAAGCCAGUCUGGCAGCAACCUCGGAGAUGAAGGUCUGCAUCUGGGGCCUGUGGACACGUAUGUGCAUGUGGGUUUGAACCCCGCUGCCCUGUGGCCACGGGCUCCCAGCCCCGAGAACAUGACAACAGCUCAGAAUGGCCAUGGGCGACUUGCCGCAAUCCCAUGUUCUGUCUCGGAUCCCAAAGACUCCAAAAUGGUGACUUACCCAGCAUGUCAGAAUGGAGGAUGCAGCAGCAGCUACUGCGGGGAGGCGGAAGCCCAGGAGGCCAGACUCAGCCCGGCCAAGCUCAUGCGCCUCUUCUCCGUGAGCAGGAAGAGGACCAGCGACAACCCCGAGAGGCCCCGCUCCAUGGUCCUGAUGGGAAACUCCUCCACCUGGAAUGCUCUGGCCUCCUUUCGGAAAAUGGGAUCUUUCAAAAAAUUGAAGUCCUCCGUCCUUCAAGGAAUUCAGAACCGAGAGGGCUCAGAUGAGGCAAAGGAAGACGCCCCCGAACGUGACCCAGGGAAACCCAUCCCGAACGGCGCUGCAAUCGGAAUGCAAACCAGCGGGUGCCCCUCCUCGGGACCAGCAAGCGACGCCCCGAAGGCAGGGCCAGGGGGCGCGUCGGACUGCUCCGACCCUGAAGAGGCCGACGACGCCUUCCAGAGGAGCACCCAUCGGUCCCGCAGCAUCCGCCGCGCCUAUGGCCUGGGCCGCAUCAGCCUCCUGGAUUGCGAGAAGCUUCAAGGGACCCAGAACCACGUCCGGCCGCUGGCCCCUGUCACCCAGGAGCCCACCGUGUGUGAGAUCCUAGUGAAGGACUCUGAGAACAACAGCAUCAUCUACAGGAAAAGCAAGAGCACAGAUAACUUGAACUUUCUGAAGAAGAGCUCCUUCAAACGGAAGUCCACCUCAAAUCUCACGGACCUCAAGGGGGCGCACGAAAAGCCCGCGCCCCGGCGGACACUAAGCAGUUCAUCUGCCGACUCGGAAAAGUUCGGUGGGUCCGAGAGGAGGACGAAACGCUGGAAGAGCCCACUGCGGGCCAAGGACUUUGACAGAGUCCUGAGGUUUGUGAGCAGCGCCACGGACGCGGCCUGGAGGAGAGAGAGCCCCAGGAGCGGGGCGCCCUCGCCGGGCGAGGCGAGCCAGCGGCUGCAGGUGCACAGCAGGCUGCACGACGCCUACUCCCGCCGCGUGUCUGCCAACGCCGAGCGUGAGUGGAGGAGGUGCGCAGGCGCGCACGCAGGCUCGGGGUGCGGCUCCGCUGGGGCUCCGAGCCACCAGGUGGACGUGGACACGGCCGUCUUUCCUCUGGAAGCCUCAGGCCCCUGGGCGGCUGAAAGUGCCCGUCCUUGCGCUGGCAGCGCCUCAUCGAGUCCGGUUGUCCAGGACUCGGAUGAACGCCAAGCUGGCGGCCAGUUUACAUUCGAACCUGAGCAGCCGCUCACCCCCCCAAGGCCUACCACACCCAAGCCCCCUAGCCCUCAGAGCCCAGGCGCAGGAAAUGCCACGUGUCCCAGCAGUCUCAGUGCGCUGUCCCUGAGUUCAGUGGACAGUGAAGAAAGGGCAGAGGGGCCUGUGACCUCCCGGGAUUCUGUGCAAGCCGCAAGUGACAGAGGCAGUGAGGACAGCGCCAGCACCCACCCUCAGCUGAGCCCCCACCUGGCGUCGGGUCCAGAAGAAAGGAAGGAGGAGGUUGUGACAGAGGAAUCCUGGAGGCGGGGCUCAUCCCGGGAUGAAGAAAGGACAGAAUCACAGAGGAUCACCAGGAGGAAAUGGGGUUCUGGGAGAAGAUCCAGGCCCCGACCACUCUCUGACUAUGGCCAGCUGGCCAACCGGAGUCUGUCUAUUCCUGAAGACUCAAUUGCUGUAGACCCCCAGAAAGAAGACACUGUGGAGGGAGACCACCAGCCAAACACGGCCUCCACGGACCCUGCAGACCAGAACCCUGCUGUGGGCUGCCCCAAAGGAAGCUGGAGAAGACGCCCCAUCUCUGUGAUAGGCGGGGUCAGCUUCUAUGGGAACAGCCCAACAGAGGAAAUAGAGAGCCUUCUAACCCAACCGGCAGCCAGGCCUCCUGUGCCCGCUCACCAGGUGCUGCCCUACAAGGCGGUUUCGGCCCGCUUCCGGCCCUUCACCUUCUCCCAGAGCACCCCCAUUGGGCUGGACCGCGUGGGACGCCGGCGGCAGAUGCGAGCAUCCAAUGUUUCUUCAGAUGGAGGCACUGAGUCUGCUGCCUUAGUGGAUGACAACGGCAGUGAGGAGGACUAUAGCUAUGAAGACCUCUGUCAGGCCAACCCCAGAUACCUACAGCCAGGCGGGGAGCAGCUGGCCAUCAACGAGCUGAUCAGCGAUGGCAGUGUGGUCUGCGCGGAAGCCCUAUGGGACCACGUGACCAUGGACGACCAGGAGCUGGGCUUCAAGGCAGGAGAUGUCAUCCAGGUUCUGGAAGCCUCUAACAAGGACUGGUGGUGGGGCCGGAAUGAGGACAAGGAAGCCUGGUUUCCCGCAAGCUUUGUCAGAUUGCGUGUCAAUCAGGAAGAGCCGUCGGAGAAUUCCAGCAGCACCCAGGGCGAGGAGCUGGAGGAGGAUGCCGGCAAGAACCGCCACAAACACUCGGAGAGCAAGCACCAGAUGAGGACCAAUGUCAUCCAGGAGAUCAUGAACACGGAGCGGGUGUACAUCAAGCACCUCAAGGACAUCUGUGAGGGCUAUAUUCGACAGUGUCGCAAGCACACGGGAAUGUUCACUGUUGCACAACUAGCCACCAUUUUUGGAAACAUUGAGGAUAUUUACAAAUUCCAAAGAAAGUUCCUGAAAGACCUUGAGAAACAGUACAAUAAAGAGGAACCUCAUUUAAGUGAAAUAGGAUCCUGCUUUCUUCAACACCAAGAGGGCUUUGCCAUCUAUUCCGAGUACUGUAACAACCAUCCGGGCGCCUGUGCGGAGCUGUCCAACCUGAUGAAGCAGGGCAGGUACAGACACUUCUUUGAAGCCUGCCGCCUGCUCCAACAGAUGAUUGACAUCGCCAUCGACGGGUUCCUGCUGACGCCGGUGCAGAAGAUCUGCAAGUACCCUCUGCAGCUGGCCGAGCUGCUCAAGUACACCACGCAGGAGCACAGUGAUUACAGCAACAUAAAGGCAGCCUAUGAAGCCAUGAAGAACGUAGCCUGUCUGAUCAACGAGCGCAAGCGCAGGCUGGAAAGCAUCGACAAGAUAGCGCGGUGGCAGGUGUCCAUUGUAGGCUGGGAGGGGCUGGAUAUCCUAGACCGAAGUUCCGAACUGAUCCAUUCUGGGGAACUGACCAGAAUCACCAAGCACGGCAAGAGCCAGCAGCGGACGUUCUUCCUGUUUGACCACCAGCUGGUGUCGUGCAAGAAGGACCUGCUGCGUAGGGACGUGCUCUACUACCGAGGCCGCACGGACAUGGAUGGGGUGGAGCUUGUGGACCUGGAGGACGGCCGGGACAAGGACUGGAACCUCAACGUGAGGAACGCGUUCAAGCUCGUCAGCAAAACCACCGACGAAGUUCAUCUGUUCUGUGCCAAAAAGCAAGAGGACAAGGCGCGGUGGCUGCAGGCCUGUGGGGAUGAAAGGCGGCGCGUGCAGGAGGACCGCGAGAUGGGAAUGGAAAUUUCAGAAAAUCAAAAGAAACUCGCCAUGUUAAAUGCUCAAAAGGCGGGACAUGGAAAGUCAAAAGGCUACAGCGGAUGCCCCGUGGCCCCGCCGCACCAGAGCUUGCACCCCCUCCACCAGCGCCACGUCACCGUGCCCACCAGCGUCCCCCAGCAGCAGGUGUUUGCCCUGGCAGAACCCAAGAGGAAGCCGUCUCUCUUCUGGCACACAUUCAACAAACUCACUCCUUUCAAGAAAUGAAAAUGGGAGGCCACACUUUUGUCCAGGUGUCUGUAAGGAGGAGAACCAUUUCUGUUUCUCAUGUGCUGAACCCAGUACUGAAAACUUCUUUUGGGGAUCGAUGAAGAAUAGGAGGUCUUGGAUGCGACCCAGUGCCUCUGAAGACCCAGCUCCUCCUUGGGAGACGGAGGUCAUGACGCAUGGCCCUGAUGUCCGCGAGACCCCUCUGUGACCUGUGCCAAGAUGGCUGGGCCGCGGCAAGGUGACCUGCUGUGCGGUGAAGCCGAGCAGUGACCCCAGGGGGCAUCGCUGAUAACAGGCACGCUCUGCUGCCGUUCCUGAGGAGGGACUUCAUUACAGUGCCACUUUGCAUGUGGAUUCGAAGGGGACAGUUGUGAUGGGGCUGGUACGGUUGUGUCGCGCCAGCAUGGGCAAGCUGUUCCUGUCUUCCCCAGUAUUAGGGGAGUUAGCGCUGCAGUGCAGAUGGCCCUGGUGGCCCUCCGGUGUUGUCUGACUUGUCACCAAGUGGUAGUGCAGGCUUCCUCUGGUGAGGUGCGUCCCCUACAGGCUGGAGGGAGAAGCACGAUGAAGCCCUCCCGUGGCACACCGUCGGGACUUCAGCAGCCUGAAGAUGAGGCUGCUUUCCAGGGAGAAAGCGCAGAAUCCUACCACGGGGUGGAUUUGUCCUUCUCGAGUCAGGUCCCUUCCCGCCAGUGUGUGUGCAGCAUGUGACUCCCAGGCAGAAAUCACACCUACUUGCACGUAGAGACCUAAGGAACGAAUCAGACCUACCCAUUUGCAGUAUAAAAACCCAUUUACUGUAAUUUCCUGAGAAACGAAAUACGCACAUGCAGCCGUGGAAAGGCACUCUCAGAGCAGCAGUGUGCUCUCCCCAUCCGUUGUUCUGGCGUCCCCACCGGUUAGGUUACAGUGACCUGAACAUUCCACCGAGAAAACCUGUGGUUCAGAGCAGCCCACCUUCCUCAGGAUUCGAAGCCGACUUUGUUGCAUAAAGCCCAAACAGCAGUGCUAACCGCGCCCUUACUAACCUGUCAGGAGGGUUCUGAAGAUUCAUUCUUUAUUAAGAGACCUUAACAAAAACACAGCUAGACUCAGACGUGGCAGUCUUUUCUAACGAGGGCCAUGUGAGCUGAUUCCUGGCAUUAGUGAUCUCCUUGUCUUUGUCUAUAUAUUGAUGCAAAUAACUUUUAAAUAUGUCUGGAGAAGACAAGUUCUGCAAGGGAGAGGCCAUUUAAAUGUACUUGGUGCACUGGACGGGGGGUAUUGUGGUCCACACUUUGGUUUUCUGUGUGAGAAUCCCCUUUUCGUAGGCUCCUCUCAGAAAGUCCUGUUUUCCAUUAGGCCCGUGCUGGAGAAUAAACAAACCUGUAACGUCCUAGACAGAGGUGGAACCUGUGCCUCCAAGUGUCUGGUCCCUCCUUCCCCCUCCCAGCCUCCCCCCUACCCAGGGCCGGUCCCGAAGGAGGUGACAUCGCGCAUCAAGAAGACAUAAUCCUGGACGUCUGAGUGGGCCUUGGAGCAUUAUCUGGAAAUGUUGUCCGGUCUGCCACGGUGAUGUGCUCACUUGUACUUAGGAUUGCUGCAAGGUCGGGCUGCCUUGGGGUCAACAACCGAGUGUACGAGCGUAUGCGUGUGUGUGUGUGUGUGUGUGUGUGUGUAGACACACAUGUUGUUUCUUUUUUGGAUAGACCUCUCGAUUUUAGUUGCAUUUAUAAAACUGACCUUUUUUACUAAGAAAAUGUAAUGAUCUAUUUUGAAAACUACACUUAAAAUGCUUUUUGUGGACCCCUCAGCAGUAACUAUAGGGGUCUCUGUGCUAAACGGAGUUGUUUGUAUACACAAUUUUGAAUAGUUUUUUUUUUAAUAUAAGAAAAUUAGGGAAGAAAAGAGAACUAUUUGCUUGUGUUACAUUUUCAGUGAGGAUUCAGUUCAAGUAAAGAACCACUUAAUGGGCUUCCAUUUACUAAUGUUUCUUAAUGCGCAGUGAAGUGCUUUAAGUGCCGUGACCGGUCCUGCUGUAUUUCCCAUCCAAGCCCUAACUUUGGCUUGCCGCCUGCCCCUCCAUGGACUCUCCAGAAACAGCAGGAAGCUCGGGUACCAGCACCGGCACUGCCCCCGAGAGCUCGGUGCGGUGUGAGCGGUCAGUCCAUCAAAUACCCUUCCUGAGUAGAUCCUGCUUGGCCUUCUCUGGUGAUUUUGAAAAACGAGAAAAAUUUUUGAAAAGGUAGAAUGCCUUUCACUUCUUUUAAAUCUAUUUAUCUAGCUUGAGUUUUAUUACCAAACGUGUGAGCUCAAUAAAGAACAGGUGGCUCAAGUAUUCUAAUUUUAGGUUUGCCCCACUUUCCUUCUUGACGUGAGUCCUGUGUUCCACUUGGAAAGAACACAAGAGAAAUAAACCAAGAGCCCCCAAAUGGAUUUUGUAUGGAUUUCGUUGGGAAUCUUGCUUUCUCCCUCUUUGUCUCAUUUUAACCCCACAUUGCCUAAUAUGAAUGCCCCCACAACACACACUCUCUCUCUCUCACAAAGAGAGCAAGACACUGUGACAAAUCUCACCUAAUUUAUUAUCUAUGUUUCAGAAUCUGUUGGAAGACAGUUGAAUUGGCCUUGGCCUUGGGUCAAAAGCAACCCUCUCGAUUUUCAUCAUACCUUAAAGGCACAACCACCUUGCAGUAAAUCGUAAACAGUCAUAAAAUGGAAUAUUUGUAAAAUCUUAGAGAAAUCGCUUUCUUCAUCUUUGGCCUGCAAGUAAGCAAAAGACGGGCAGCAAUGUGCCAGAGCUUUCCUGGGGUCCCUUCUUCCUAGUUUUAUUUUCAGUAGAUCUCCCCUUUUCCCCUGGUAGAUCUGAUUUUGUCGUUGAAAAUGUUUCACCCCCAUCUCCAUGCUAUUUCUGAAUAUUGUUGUGCCUUUUUAUACCUAAUCCAGACGAAGACCGGCUCCAUGCCUGUUCAGAAAAUCCCCUCAAUCCUACAUCGCUGUUGUCUAGACACAAAGCAGAAAUGCAUUUAAUUCAAACUUUGUUUCACAAUAGAAAUCUUUUGCAAAAGCCAUGAUCCAGCAUUUAUCUGCUGGAAAACUCUCCAUGCCCAAAUUGCUGAUAUUUCUCAGUACACAUCAACUUAGUUAUGUAGCCAGAAUAGAACAGCUGGAUUCCUUGGAGUUAAGGAGAAAAUUGCUGUCUUGUUAUUUUAUGGAAGAGGGGAGAUGCAGCUCUGUCCCUCAUAGGACAGCACUAACAAGUGUGGAUACACGUCCUUCCGAUGGCUGACAGGCCAGGGACGCUGGACACAAAUCGGCUGGGUCAAGCUGCCCAAAAACGUUGGUCCCUAGAAGCUUAACCUACACAUGUUCUCAUUAAAAUUCCACUUGGCUCAUGCUGUUAUUCUCAGGAUGCAUGCAGUGAAAGUAGAGAUCAAACGGUUUUGAGAAGAAUUAAGUAGCAACUAUCCGAUUUUAGAAGGAAAAGCCCAGAAGCUUACAUAAUUUGAUGCAAAUGUUUUUAGCUACAACACACUUAACAUUAUCGUCCUUAGUCAUCUCCUAGGCAUUGACGUUUGUAUUUAGAAAAUACUGCCCUUUAACGGUUCUGUAAUUUAAUAAUUGGUCUUUUCUGUAAAUAUUAGCAUCGGUUGUGUUUGAUUUACCUAUUUUGCAGGCUUUUAGUAACCUUUUCCUUGAAUUUAACGCAACAUCGAGACAAUGUUAAGUCACGUGACAGCUUCCAAACUGAUGAAUUCGCUGUUGACAGCUGAAGUAUGUUGUACAAGACUGCUAUAACUUCACAUGUGUUUCUGUUGAAUGAAGUUUUUGUAAAAAAAAAA